AUGCAGAACAGAGCAAACGGCGAAAUGCAGUACGAAAUCAUCGAUUUGCUGCGGUUGCUUGGUAUUCCUGCCUCGUUGGACUGUUCCACAAUGGCGUCUGUGAACGAAUCAAACAGCCGUUUGAGCAACCACGACGAUUUCAACGUGUCAGAAGUGUUUGCCACUUGCGCCGGGUCGACGACCGAGACCGAAGAGCGGGCUGCUGCGGUCGUCAUAAAGAAGGAACAAAUCAACUUAUUUGAAAACCGGGAAAAAACCACACACAUCUUUACACUGCUAAUUAAUGCAAAAAGAGUGGGGGAAGAACCACUGACCUAUAUUUAA